AGGAUGUUUAAAUUUCCUCAAAUGAAGCCGAUUUUUCAAGUGCUGGAUAAAAUGAGAUGCCUGCGAAAACGUUCUGUGGUAUCAUUCUUGGGAGUUCUUGUCAUUUUCCUUCUAUUUAUGAACUUGUACAUUGAGGAUACCUAUGUCCUGGAAGGAGACAAACAACUUAUAAGGGAAACAUCCACACAUCAACUAAAUUCAGAACGCUAUGUCCACACUUUUAAGGAUUUAUCCAAUUUCUCAGGAACUAUAAAUGUCACCUAUCGUUUCCUCACUGCCACAGCCUUACAAAGAAAACGAUAUCUUACAAUUGGACUUUCAUCGGUGAAACGAAAGAAAGGGAACUAUUUACUGGAGACGAUCAGAUCGAUUUUUGAGCAAUCCAGCUAUGAAGAACUGCAAGAAAUUUCAGUAGUGGUCCAUCUAGCAGAUUUCAAUUCAUCUUGGCGUGAUAGCAUGGUCCAGGAUAUUACACAGAAGUUUGCCCACCAUAUUAUUGCAGGAAGACUAAUGGUUAUACAUGCACCAGAGGAAUAUUACCCUAUCCUGGAUGGGCUAAAAAGAAAUUACAAUGAUCCAGAAGAUAGAGUCAAGUUUCGUUCCAAGCAAAAUGUAGAUUAUGCUUUUCUGCUUAAUUUUUGUGCUAAUACUUCAGACUAUUACGUAAUGCUUGAAGAUGAUGUCCAGUGUUCAAAAAAUUUUUUAACUGCCAUCAAGAAAGUCAUUACAUCUCUAGAAGGAACUUAUUGGGUAACUCUUGAGUUCUCUAAGCUGGGAUAUAUAGGUAAACUCUAUCACUCUCAUGAUCUCCCACGAUUAGCACAUUUUUUAUUAAUGUUUUAUCAAGAAAUGCCUUGUGAUUGGCUCUUGACCCAUUUCCGUGAUCUUUUGGCUCAGAAAAAUGUGAUCCGUUUUAAACCAUCUCUCUUUCAGCACAUGGGGUACUAUUCAUCAUAUAAAGGAACUGAAAAUAAACUGAAGGAUGAUGAUUUUGAGGAGGAAUCAUUCGACAUUCCAGAUAAUCCUCCUGCAAAUCUAUAUACCAACAUGAAUGUGUUUGAAAAUUAUGAAGCACGCAAGGCAUACAGUAGUGUUGAUGAAUACUUUUGGGGGAAACCACCUUCAACUGGAGAUGUAUUUGUGAUUGUCUUUAAAACUCCAAUUGUAAUUAAAAAAAUUAAAGUGAAUACUGGAACAGAAGAUCGACAAAAUGACAUUUUGCAUCAUGGAGACCUAGAUGUUGGGGAACACGUUCAUAUUACUAAAGAAAUGAGACAGUGUGAUAAUUACUUAAGACUUGGAGAAUUCAAAAAUGGAAACUUUGAAAUGUCAGAUGUGAAUCAGAAAAUUCCAUUUGAUAUUGUUUGUAUGAGGAUACGUGUUACCAAAACACAAAAGGAAUGGCUGAUCAUCAGAAGUAUUAGCAUCUGGACAUCUUAGUCAAUUAAAUCAAUA